UCAAGCAUGGCUAGCUUAAGAGUUUCCAUGUCUAUAUUGGCGUUCUAUCUGAGCUAUUUUAUUCUCAUUUCUAAUUAUUCACUUUCACAAAGUAGUAUCUGCCUUCCAAAAAAUCACACAGCUCUGUUCAUAUUUGGAGACUCAUUGUUUGAUGUUGGAAACAAUAACUACAUCAAUAGCUCCACUUUUUUGCAGGCAAACUUCCCCCCAUAUGGGGAAACUUUCUUCAAGUAUCCCACUGGAAGGUUUUCUGAUGGACGUGUCAUCCCAGAUUUCAUUGCUGAGUAUGCAACGUUGCCACUAAUUCAGGCAUACCUGAGUCCAGCUGGAUUUCAGGAUCAUUACAUAUAUGGGGUGAAUUUUGCAUCAGCAGGAGCUGGAGCUCUGGUUGAAACUAAUCAAGGACUGGUUAUAGACUUAAAAGCUCAGGUAAAAUACUUCACAGAAGUAAGCAAGCAAUUCAGGCAAAAAUUAGGAGAUGAGGAAGCCAAAAAGUUGCUGUCCAGAGCUAUCUACAUAUUUAGCAUAGGAGGCAAUGACUAUGGCACCCCUUUCCUUACAAACUUGACAAGUGGUGCGGUUCUUCCAUGCCCCCAACAAAAAUUUGUAGAUUAUGUGAUUGGUAACAUUACUGCCGUUAUCAAAGAAAUUUACAAUGAAGGAGGAAGGAAAUUUGGGUUUGUAAAUGUUGGUCCUUUAAAUUGCUUUCCCCUUCUAAGGAUGGCCAUAAAUAGUACUAGCUUAAGUGCCUGCCUAGAAGAAGAAGCUUCGGCCAUUGCAAGGUUACAUAAUAAUGCUUUACCCAAAAUGCUUCAUGGGCUAGAGAAACAGCUAAAGGGAUUCAAAUACUCAGUUACCGACUUCUACGGUGCACUUAUUGAAUUAAUGAAGUACCCUUCAAAAUAUGGUUUUGAAGAGGGGAAUGCAGCUUGUUGUGGAGGUGGUCCCUACAGAGGAGAUAAUAGUUGCGGAGGAAAGAGGGGGAUUGAAGAAUAUGAGCUAUGUAACAAUGUUAACAAUAAUGUGUUCUUUGAUUCUCUUCAUCCCACAGAGAUUGCUGCUGAGCAUUUUGCCAAGCUAAUGUGGAGUAGAAACGGAGAUGUCAAUGAGCCUUACAAUCUGAAGGAGUUGUUUCACUACUUUUGAAGACAGAAAAAAAAAAUAGCCUUAUUAUAAUUUAUAGGCAUAUAUGCUUAAGUUUAAAAAUAUGUAGGAGAAUAAGGUAUUAUUUGACCCACUAAAUUAUUUAAUGAGAUUUUGAAAUCGAAAAUUAUGUUAGAUCAAAA